AUGAGUGUAAAUCAAAUUAUUGGUGUAUUUAUAAUUUUUGUAUAUUAUAUUAACAGUAAACAGAUUUUGAGAAAGAGAAAACUACAUAACUCAUAUUUAUUACAUAAUAUAGAUAAAAAAAUAAGUAAUUACAAUUUAAAUUAUUCAGAUAAUAUUGAAUCAAAUAAUAAAAUGAAAAAAUUUACAUAUAGAACUUCGAAAGGAGAAAACAAUAAUAUUUUUUCAUUGGAGAAUACAAAUAAUGGUUCGUUUAUUCUCUUGCGUUCCAAAUUAAAAGAGAUGGAAUCGGAUGAUGAUAGCGAUGAUGACGACGAUGACGACGAUGACGACGAAGAUGAUGAUGAUGGCAAAGAAAGGAGUAAUAAUAAUAAUAAUAAUAAUAAUAAUUAUCCAAUUCCAUACACAGCUCUCCCCCCACCCCCUCCACCAGUUCCCCCUCCUCCCCCUCCACCUCAACCAGUAACAGCUUCAACUCUUCUUGGAAAUAUGGUUACAGCUGGUUUAAAACUUGUAGGUAUUUAG